GGUGCUUGGUGUCUCUCUUCCGAAACAGACGAGAUGGCGCUUAGGGCUUUUACCAGAAGGCUGCGGGAUGCUUCCAAAGUACCCAAAUUUCUCCAAGAUCAAGCCUUAAUUGGUAACCAAGCAGCCCCAGUUGUGAAUGCUGGACUACAGAAAAGAGAAUAUAGUAAUGGAGGAAAAAUCAAAGUCGACAAACCGAUAGUAGAGAUUGAUGGGGAUGAAAUGACUAGAAUUAUAUGGGCAAAAAUAAAGGAAAAGCUUAUAUUCCCAUUUCUCGAUUUGGACUGCAAAUAUUUCGAUCUUGGGUUGCCAUACAGAGAUGAAACGAACGACCAAGUCACAAUAGACGCCGCAGAGGCAAUGAAGGAAUACAAUGUUGGCGUGAAGUGUGCAACCAUCACCCCAGACGAAGCUAGAGUUAAAGAGUUCAAUCUGAAGAAAAUGUGGCGCAGUCCCAAUGGCACCCUCAGGAACAUUCUAGGUGGUACCGUGUUUCGUGAACCAAUCGUUUGCAAAACCAUCCCUCGUUUGGUGCCUGGAUGGGAGAUGCCGAUUAUAAUUGGGCGUCAUGCUUUUGGCGACCAGUAUCGUGCAACGGAUCUUGUGGUCAGUGGUCCUGGAAACUUUAGUCUGACUUUUACACCGGCUGACGGCGGUAAUAGUACUUCCAUCAGUGUUUUUGAUUUCAAGGAUAGUGGGGGCGUCAUUCUUGGCAUGUAUAAUACCGACGAGUCAAUCAAGGACUUUGCACAUAGUUGCUUCAACUAUGCUCUGUCUAAACAAUGGCCACUCUACAUGAGCACAAAAAACACCAUUUUGAAACGGUACGAUGGCCGAUUCAAGGAUAUAUUUCAGGAGAUCUAUGAAGCAAGCUACAAAUCAAAAUUCGAGGCUCUUCAGAUCUGGUAUGAGCACAGGCUGAUCGAUGAUAUGGUUGCUUACGCUUUGAAGUCAAGCGGUGGCUUCGUUUGGGCUUGCAAGAAUUACGACGGAGAUGUACAAUCAGACACGCUGGCCCAAGGAUUCGGGUCUUUAGGGCUGAUGUCCAGUGUUUUGAUUUCACCCGAUGGAAAGACUGUUGAAUCAGAAGCCGCCCAUGGAACUGUCACCAGGCAUUACAGAGAGCAUCAGAAGGGAAGGGAGACCAGCACAAACCCUAUUGCCAGUAUCUAUGCAUGGACUCGAGGCCUCCUUCACAGAGCCAAGCUUGACGGCAACAAAGACCUCACUGUGUUUUGUAAUGCAUUAGAGCAGGCUUGUGUUGACACAGUAGAUGACGGAAUCCGCACCAAAGAUCUUGCUGGAUGCAUUUAUGGCUUAGCAAAUAUAAAACGAGAGCACUAUGUCCUUACUGACGAAUACUUAGAUGCUGUCCGCUCAAAAUUGCUUGAAAUUUGGUCACCUCCUCAGUGAAGAAAAGAACCGUCCUUCUUUGAACGUGUGUCGUACAGGCGUUGUUAAAUCUUAUCAAAUUUUGCACAAAUAGAAUGAUUUUUCUAUCUUUGAGUGUACAAUAUAGCUAUGUUAUUUAUAGUGAAUUGUGGAGGCAAAGUGGCCUGGAAUUAGCAGUAGAAUGCUAUAACAAAUAAUUGUGCAGUCA